UUAUCACCACACAGACAUUACAGCAGAGUGGAAUGCUUUUCUUCACAUGUCCCAGCUGAGGAAGUUGGGUUCAGAGCACAGGGUUCUGGAGCAGAGAGGGUUAAGGGCCUUGCUCAGGGGCCCAACAGUGGAGCUUUGUGGUGCCGGGUCAACUCGAACCCUGAUCAACAACCCAGAAAGAGCCUUAACCACUUGAACCACCCUCAGUGAUGGUUACAGUGGCUGAUUUUUCCCAAGUCAGCACUUCAGUAUCUGUGAGGAUCGUCAGUAGCUGAUGACAGAGACAGGUGGGACUGUAGGGAGUGGCGUGCCUGAUCUCGGCUCUGUCUCAAAUCAAACAGAAGAUCAGAUGAGCGUCGUGAGGUAGAGUGUAGAGCUGCAUCUCCUCCCUGUCCGGCUGAAGACAAAUUCAACGCCUAUGUGACCCUGAAGGUUCAGAAUGUCAAGAGUACGACCAUCACGGUGCGAGGACACCAGCCAUGCUGGGAGCAGGACUUCAUGUUUGAGAUCAACCGCUUGGACCUGGGGCUCAUCGUGGAGGUUUGGAAUAAAGGCCUCAUCUGGGACACCAUGCUGGGGACGGCGUGGAUCCCCCUGAAAAGCAUCCGGCACUCAGAGGAGGAGGGUCCAGGAGAGUGGACGUUUCUGCACUCGGAGGUUUUGAUGAAGGCCGAUGAAAUCUACGGCACCAAAAACCCCACACCUCACCGGGUUCUCCUGGACGCCCGCUUCGAGCUUCCCUUUGAAAUCCCAGAGGACGAGGCUCGAUACUGGUCCAAUAAACUGGAGAGCAUCAACACCAUGGGGAUGCAUGAUGAGUUCCUGUUGCAGGAUGACGGAGUAAGACGUCCCCUACCCUUAGCGGCGUCUCAGUGUUCUCUGGAUGAUCUGGACAGUGCAAUGGACGAUCGGGACAGCGAUUACAGGAGUGAAACAAGCAACAGUCUACCCCCACGCUAUCACACUACAGCUCAGCCGAACUCGUCUGUACACCAGUACCCUGUGGGACCACGUUUUCCGCAACACCCAGACUCCUGCACAGACUCGGUGCAUAGUUUUGAACUGGACUAUAGAGACAAUCAUCCAAGCAGUCCUGUUGGCAGUAGUCGUUUUGGAUCUUCAGGAAACCUCAGUCAAGCCAGUUCUCCACUGAGUGAAAUGGGUCAGGACAGUGUUACAGGUUCAGGGCUAAAGGAGUCCUACCACUCAUUUCACAAUACAGGAUAUCGCCCUCCUGCAAAUGGACACCACCCAGCCAACGAACAAACCACCUGGGGAGAAGAUGAGGGGUUAAAAUCUAUUCAAGAGAAGGGAAGAAGAGAAAGCAGCACCUUAAAGAAAGACAAUGUUCCCCAAGUGGAGAAAAAGCCAGAAAUAUCUCAAAAAAGUUUCCAGGAUGAUGGAUCUGCUUUGUCUGUCUCCGCUUCUCGAGUUCGCUGGAUAAAAGCCUUCAACAAAGUGAGACUUCAGCUUCAGGAGGGCCGGGAGAAUGGAGACAAUUCCAGACAUGACUGGGUCAAAGCAGGAAGUGGGAGUGGCCUGUUCGGGAUCGACAGCAUGCCAGACUUGCGGAAGAGGAAACCAAUCCCUCUUGUUAGCGAUGUGGCACUGGUCCAGGCCAGAAAAGCAGGCAUCGCUUCUGCCAUGGCUUCCCGAGCCUCCAUUAAAGAUGAGGAGCUGAAGAACCACGUGUAUAAGAAAACACUGCAGGCUCUGAUCUACCCCAUCUCCUGCACUACCCCGCAUAACUUUGAGAUUUGGACGGCAACGACUCCGACGUACUGCUACGAGUGUGAAGGGCUGCUGUGGGGUAUCGCACGCCAGGGCAUGAGAUGCACCGAGUGUGGGGUGAAAUGUCACGAGAAGUGUCAGGAGCUCCUCAACGCAGACUGCCUACAGCGCGCGGCGGAGAAAAGUUCGAAGCACGGCGCCGAAGAUCGCACGCAGAACAUCAUCAUGGCCAUGAAGGACCGCAUGAAGAUCAGGGAGAGGAACAAACCCGAGAUCUUCGAGCUCAUCAAGGACGUGUUCAUGAUCAGCAAAACGCUCCACGCCCAGCAGAUGAAGACCAUCAAACAGAGCGUUCUGGACGGGACCUCCAAAUGGUCAGCGAAGAUCACCAUCACCGUAAUGUGUGCACAGGGUCUGCAGGCCAAAGAUAAGACCGGCUCUAGUGACCCUUACGUGACCGUCCAAGUGGGAAAGACGAAGAAGCGCACCAAGACCAUCUACGGCAACUUGAACCCGGUGUGGGAGGAGAAGUUCCACUUUGAGUGCCACAACUCAUCAGACCGCAUUAAGGUGCGCGUGUGGGACGAAGACGAUGACAUCAAGUCCCGGGUGAAGCAGAGGCUGAAGAGGGAGUCUGAUGAUUUCCUGGGACAGAGCAUCAUCGAGGUGCGGACACUCAGCGGGGAGAUGGACGUCUGGUACAACCUGGAGAAAAGGACUGAUAAGUCAGCGGUGUCCGGUGCUAUCCGUCUUCAAAUCAGUGUGGAAAUUAAAGGAGAAGAGAAAGUGGCUCCAUACCAUGUGCAGUACACCUGUCUACACGAGAACCUGUUCCACCACUCCACAGACGUGCUCGGUCAGGGUGCGGUGAAGAUCCCGGACACUCGCGGCGAUGACGCCUGGAAGGUCUAUUUCGACGACGUAGCUCAGGAAAUAGUGGAUGAGUUCGCGAUGCGUUAUGGGAUCGAGUCCAUCUACCAGGCCAUGACGCACUUUGCAUGUCUCUCGUCUAAAUACAUGUUUCCCGGUGUUCCUGCUGUGAUGAGCACCCUGCUGGCCAACAUUAACGCCUUCUAUGCUCACACCACUGCCUCCACCAAUGUCUCUGCCUCUGACCGCUUCUCCGCCUCUAACUUCGGGAAAGAAAGGUUCGUGAAGCUCUUAGACCAGCUGCACAAUUCCUUACGCAUCGAUCUCUCCAUGUACCGCAAUAACUUCCCUGCUAGCAGUAAGGAGCGUCUGCAGGACCUGAAGUCCACUGUGGAUCUGCUCACCAGCAUCACUUUCUUCAGGAUGAAGGUGCAGGAACUGCAGAGCCCUCCGAGAGCCAGCCAGGUGGUGCGAGACUGUGUGAAAGCCUGCCUCAACUCCACCUACGACUACAUCUUUAACAACUGCCAAGAGCUCUACAGCCGCCAGUACCAGCCAGGAGGAGAACCGAAUAAAGAUGAAUCCACACUAGAAGAACAAGGUCCCAGCAUCAAGAACCUGGACUUCUGGCCCAAACUCAUCACACUGAUAGUUUCGAUUAUAGAAGAGGAUCGCAACUCUUACACACCUGUCCUCAACCAGUUUCCUCAGGAGCUCAAUGUAGGGAAAGUGUGUGCCGAGGUGAUGUGGGUUCAGUUCUCACAGGAUAUGAAGUACGCCAUGGAGGAGCAUGAGAAGCAUCGUCUGUGUAAGAGCGCUGACUACAUGAACCUGCACUUUAAGGUGAAGUGGCUCUAUAACGAGUACGUACAGGAUCUCCCUGCCUCCAAAGAAGUCAUUCCUGAGUACCCCAUGUGGUUCAUGCAGUUUGUACUGCAGUGGCUGGACGAGAACGAGGACGUGUCGAUGGAGUUCAUGCACGGAGCUCUCGAGAGGGACAAGAAGGACGGCUUCCAGCAGACAUCUGAGCAUGCUCUGUUCUCCUGUUCCGUGGUGGACGUGUUCACGCAACUCAACCAGAGCUUUGAGAUUAUUAAGAAGCUGGAAUGCCCCGAUCCCAAGGUCAUGGCCCUGUACAGUCGCCGCUUCGCCAAGACCAUAGCCAAGGUUCUGCUGCAGUACAGUGCCAUUCUGAAGAAGAGUUUCCCAUCCUACUGCGACAAGGAGAAGAUUCCCUGCGUCCUGAUGAACAACGUGCAACAGCUGCGAGUUCAGCUCGAGAAGAUGUUCGAGUCCAUGGGAGCCAAACAGAUGGACACAGAAGCCAGCGACACCCUCAAUGAGCUACAGGUGAAGCUGAACAACGUGCUGGAUGAGCUGAGCUCCACGUUUUCAAACACUUUUCAGAGUCGUAUUGACGAGUGCACACGGCAGAUGGCGAGUCUGCUGUACCAGAUUAAAGGGCCAGCAAACUCCAACAGCCGAAACCAAGUGGAGGCCGAUUCGGACAACAUGCUCCGCCCCCUCAUGGAUUUUUUGGACGGAAAUUUGAUGCUGUUCGCCUCGGUGUGUGAGAAGACGGUUCUGAAGCGGGUUCUGAAGGAGUUGUGGAGGAUCGUGAUGAACAGUCUAGAGAAGACCAUCGUCCUGCCUCAAGGCAAUGACAGCUUUGGCAACAUAUUUUCCGCAGCCAAAGAUCUCGGGCAGCUCUCCAAGCUCAAGGAUCACAUGUCUGGAGAAGCCAAAAGCCUCACGCCUAAGCAGUGUGCGGUCAUGGACGUGGCUCUGGACACCAUAAAGCAAUACUUCCACGCUGGAGGAAAUGGGUUAAAGAAAGCCUUCCUGGAGAAGAGUGCUGAGCUCUCAUCGCUCCGUCACGCCCUCUCGCUUUAUACGCAGACCACUGACACACUUAUCAAGACCUUCAUCACCACACAGCACGCUCAGGGCUCAGGUGUGGAGAAGCCGGUAGGAGAGGUGUCCAUUCAGAUCGAUCUGUUCACUCACCCAGGCACAGGAGAGCACAAGGUCACGGUUAAAGUCGUGGCGGCGAAUGAUCUGAGGUGGCAGACAUCCGGAAUGUUCCGUCCCUUUGUGGAGGUGACGAUGAUCGGGCCGCACCUCAGCGACAAGAAACGCAAAUUCACCACCAAAUCCAAGAACAACAGCUGGGCACCGAAAUUCAACGAGACUUUCCACUUCAUCCUGGGGAACGAGGACGGUCCGGAGUGUUACGAGCUGCAGGUGUGCGUGAAGGACUACUGUUUCGGCCGAGCGGACCGCGUGGUGGGCGUGGCCGUCAUCCAGCUGCGGGACGUGGCUCAGCGAGCGAGCUGCGCCUGCUGGUGUCCGCUGGGCUCGCAGGUGCACAUGGAUGAGACGGGUCUGACCGUGCUGCGCAUCCUGUCCCAGCGCUCGGGGGACGAGGUGGCCAGAGAGUUCGUCAAGCUGAAAUCUGAAACGCGCUCCGCCGAGGAGGGGAGAUGAGAACGUGGAGAAGUGAUGGACAAGAGCAUGGACACGAUGGCUUUCUGUUAGUAUUGGAAGGAUCCAUAGGUGAGGAGAUUCUCCUGUCCGGUUUCUUGUGUUAUGGACGUGGAGGAUGGAGGACAAGGUCACUGGGACGUCCUGUCCAUCCGUUCGUCCAAUCAGAUGCUUUAUUAAAAAAGCGAGCGACUUUUCUUUAACCUCUCUCUCUCUCUUUCUUUCUUAAAAGCCAAUGUUUUGUCCUUUGCCUACUGUUUAUGUGUAUAUACGUGUGUGUGUGAGACGACCCUCAAACAGUCCACUACACAGGGUCCCUAUUUGUAUUGUGCACUUUUUCACUCCCCCCCACCCGCCCAUCAAUAUAAAUGCCUUAUUUUGUGGAAUGUGUCAAAUUUGAUGGAAAUUAUAUCUCCAAUUUUAUUCCACUUCUCACUGCUGGAUGGAUUUUUUUUCUGUUUAAGCAAUUUUACAAGGUGUUCCUCUCUCUGAAUAAUAAUAAUACGGUACACGAGCCCGAGCCUGAACCCGACUCUGACGUGUCUGAUGGCUGACCGCGUGCCUUCUGAACUACGUCCUGCUGCACCGUGUGUCUUUCAGAUGACGGAUCGUCUUUCUGCUCUUAUGAAAUGAGCCUUUCAUACAAAAUGAAAAGAGCCAUCAGGAAUGUGCGAUGAUGGGGAUUUAUAUAACGAUCCAGUUUAAAGGGGCGGUGUGGGAUUUUUAGAAUCUUUCAGCUAACUGUUACAGCGACGUAUACCACAGGGGUUGGAUCAGGGGGCGGGGCUUUUUUUAUUUUUUUUAAUUUUUUUGCAAUUAUUUCAAGGUUAUAUUAUGAGCUGUAUGAUUUCGUUCACUUUUAAACAUCACAGAUUUCACCUUUAACCUGUUCCACAAUAUUAUAAGAAGCCUUCUCUAUUAGAUAAGCGUUACGAGAUGACCAGUGUUCCAUACCUUUAUUUUCAGUCAAAUGUUGUGUUUGUUAAUGAAAUGUGUUUGUUUGUUUUAAAAAAUAAAUAAAUAAAUAUGUGCCAAAUGAAUAAAACCUGUGAGGACAAAUAUGGACAUUUGUGUUUGGUGUAGAAAUGUGAAACGUGUGGAAGAGAAGUCGUGUACAGGACAGAAAAGACGAGUCUGUGAGCUUAAAUUAAAAGAAAUAAAUAAGUAAAUAAAAACAGAUCGUACCAAUGUGGAGAUGCGGGGGGCGGUGAGGACAGGUGAUAUUAUAAAUAUAAGAUAUUAUAGCAAAAAAAAAGGAUCAAACCAACAAAAGCUCCUUUCCUGUAGAUUCUAGUGAUGCUCCUUAUGGUUUGGAGAAGAUGUUUUGAUCCAUAAUCUCUACCACCACCAUCUCAGCUCAGUGUAAAGAUUCGAUUCACAUCGAGUCGAUUCGGAAUCACUUUCUCACUGAAGCUCACCUGGAAGUGACCUCGCUCAGAUGCUCUCCGAUUGUUCUGAUAUUCCAUGAAGAACCGCACCUAGGCGGAGAACACGCCCCUUUCAGACUGAACUGAACGACGCACGUCACGUGACGACGACACGUUCAGUCCAGUUCACCAAACACACCCUGAAUAAUGGAUCCGAUCCGGACGGAGAACUUUCCUGGUGAUGGUAGAGUCUCUGUUCUGCUCUGGGUUCUGUUCUGCUCUGCUCUGACACAGAUACGUGUUCAUGUGUUUGACUUCAGUACAAAGCAGCCUUAAUGAAUGAACAUCGUGUUAAUUAUUACAUCCUUAUUCAGAAUGAUUCGUUUGUGACGUGAAUCAGAACUUUAUUACGUUGUGUUUUUGUGUGUUUUCUUGUAAUAUUUUCAUCUCUAAUGAAUUAUUAUUAUUAUUAUUAUUAUUAUUAUUAUUAUUUUCCCAUAACACACAGGCUGCUCGAAGUUCCUGUGAUAGCGAUGUCGUGUUUUAUUGUAUUCAUCUCCAUCAUUAUUUGUCUUUGUGAAUUUUUCUUUUUUUUUUGCUUUUAUUUUUCUUUAAAUGCCUUUUUUUUUAAGUAGUGAUUUCUUGCACCGACAGUAAAUAAAAUAUUUUGGAAUGUUUUCCAUCAUACACGCAGUCACUACUGAAGGAAACAUGGUGUUGGUGGCGUUCAAAUGUGUCUCAAAAGU